UGUGAAUGGAUAGAAGUUAAAAACCAAAACAGAAACACAAAAGUUUUUCUUUGGGCUUUGUCACACGUGUGAAAAAAAUUAAAUUAAUUAAAUUAAAUGGAAUUAAUGCAAGGAGCUUCUUUGCUUUCGCGGCCUGCCGAUGAGUUUGGUAAUGAUGGUCUGGUGGAGGAAAUGUGGGCGGUUAAAGCAAUGGAUCACGCUGAAGUGCAUUUUAACGUAAGUUUCUCGCUGAUAACAAGCAUACAUCCCUCAUGCAUCAGACUGACGCCCUAUGACGAACAAAUCUAUCAGACUUUUCGUCAGGACUUUCCAGAUUUACGUGUGGAUAUUCUCUCUGAUGAUGUGCUCAAAUCUCCAAAGGCCAAAGUGGCAUGGCGUGCGUUCGCAGAAAAGUUCAACAAAUUGGAUGAUUAUUCUUAUGGAACCUUGAUGCGUGCCGAUGCUUCGAAGGAAUUUUCCCCGGAAAACUCAUUACUUGUUGUGCGCAUACAAUUCUUGGCAAUAGAAAUCGCCCGAAACAUUGAAGGCUUUAAUGACGAGGUAUAUCGGAAAUUUCGACCGGCCCCAAAACCCAAAUCAUGCCUUACAAACGAAAAGAAACAAGUCAUUUCGGAUUAGUAUAAACUAAAUUUUUUUUCGCAUUAAUUGAUUUUUUGUAAAGAUGACGGAGAUUAUAUGGAUAGUAUACAUAUUAAUUUUAAAUAUAUAUAUUUAUAUGAAAUACA